GAUCUCUCUCCCCAGAAAAGGCUCAACAUCAACUAUAUAGCCAACAUGUCCAAGGUGUUUAAGAAGACCAGCUCCAAUGGGAAGCUCUCCAUCUACCUGGGGAAACGGGACUUCGUGGACCAUGUGGACACAGUGGAACCCAUUGAUGGUGUAGUCCUGGUUGAUCCCGAGUACUUAGAAGGUCGAAAGUUGUUUGUCAUGUUGACAUGUGCCUUUCGCUAUGGCCGUGAUGACUUGGAUGUGAUUGGUCUGACAUUCCGGAAAGAUCUGUAUGUGCAGACCCUGCAAGUGGUCCCAGCUGAAUCCACCAGCCCUCAGGGGCCCCUCACAGUCCUACAGGAGCGACUGCUGCACAAGCUAGGGGACAAUGCCUACCCCUUUACCCUGCAGAUGGUCACCAACCUGCCCUGUUCUGUGACACUGCAGCCAGGUCCUGAAGAUUCAGGCAAGCCCUGUGGGAUUGACUUUGAGGUGAAGAGUUUCUGUGCUGAAAACCCAGAGGAGACAGUCUCCAAGAGAGACUAUGUGCGACUGGUUGUCCGGAAAGUACAAUUUGCACCACCGGAGGCAGGCCCUGGCCCCUCAGCCCAGACCGUUCGCCGCUUCCUUCUGUCAGCUCAGCCCCUACAACUCCAGGCCUGGAUGGACAGGGAGGUUCACUACCACGGAGAACCCAUCGCUGUCAAUGUUUCUAUCAACAACUCCACCAACAAGGUCAUCAAAAAGAUCAAGAUUUCCGUUGACCAGGUCACUGAUGUUGUCCUGUAUUCACUAGACAAGUACUCCAAGACUGUGUUCAUUCAGGAAUUCACGGAGACUGUAGCUGCUAAUUCCAACUUCUCCCAGAGCUUUGCAGUUACCCCAAUCCUGGCUGCCAGCUUCAAGAGACGGGGCCUGGCACUGGAUGGGAAACUCAAGCAUGAGGAUACCAACCUGGCCUCUAGCACGAUUAUUAGACCAGGAAUGGACAAAGAGUUGCUGGGGAUCCUGGUGUCCUACAAAGUCAGAGUCAACCUGAUGGUGUCCUGUGGCGGCAUCCUAGGAGACCUGACGGCCAGUGAUGUUGGUGUGGAGCUACCCUUGGUCCUGAUCCACCCGAAGCCAUCUCAUGAGGCCGCUAGCUCUGAGGACAUAGUCAUCGAGGAGUUCACACGGAAAGGCGAGGAGGAGAGCCAGAAGGCUGUGGAGGCGGAGGGAGACGAGGGGAGCUGAGCACCUUGCCCUGGUGCCCGUCUGUGUGGGAGCCCCCACUGUAACACUCUAAUAAAUCGGCUUGUUCAGAUGUG